GCAUUACAGCGUCGGCAUCGUUAGUGAGGUGCUAGCGAAGUUAAUUAGAAAAAAAAACAGUUUGAAAUAAGAUAAACGCUUUAAUAACAGCAAUUGGUCCAUAAAAAUGAAAGUUGGUAUCAAGUCUUGGCUCAUCGCUGUUGGCUGUGUGGGGACGUUGUAUAUUUACUUUAUUCUAAAACCAAACAGAUCUUUUGAUAUCAUUGAUCACGAACAUUUACUUUCAAAAUUCAACUUUUCUCAGUCUCCCACAAAGAAUGCCAAACAUGAUCAUCCUUCAAUUUCACUCUAUAUGAGAAUGUCAGGUAAAAGAGAUGACCAUAGACAUAGAUUUUACUGCAACAUGUUGAAGACGAUUCCUCUUUUCUGGCCAGGAUGGAUGGGCAAAAUGGUUCUUGUACUUGAUAAUGAAUCAGAGGAGGAUCACACCUUUGGUGAAACACUAUUGAAUCAAACGAAAAAACAUUUUCCCAAUCAAACUUUCAAAGUAGAAUACGAGCCACUACCAAAGGAUCCGCUGGUUUUAACUUAUCCUGGACAGCUAAAUCUACCUGGUUAUAAUCGUCAGUUAUGGAACAGCUUUUUCAUAGAUCUUUACGCCGAUGACGAGGUGAUAGCUUGGUUGGAUAGUGAUUCGCCAUUCAUUUUCCCAGUUACCCUGUUAACUAUAAAGCCAAAUGGCAAAGUAAGAAUCCUUGGUUCAGAAUGUGCAAUGAAAGUUGCCUGGGGAGAAUCAUGGGCAAAAACCACAAAGUUGGCGAUAGGACUGCCACAAGUGGCCGACUUUAUGACAUACUUUCCUGUGUACAUCUACCGUAAUACGUUUACACACUGCAGAGAGCACAUAUUAAAAAACUUCAAUACAAGUAACUUUGAAGAAGCAUAUCAACAAUUUCACGAAACAAGCAAUUUUCUUUCUCCAGUAAAUGUUAUCAUCAGCUACGCUUGGUUCUUUGAGAAAGAUCGCUACGACUGGAAUAUAGGAGUUUGCAGUGAUUUGAAUGUUUACAACAGCCAUAUGAACGGCCUUUUGGAAAGGCUUUUUAUUCUCUAUCCAUGUAUUGGAAAUCACACUCAUUAUUACUUAGAUGUCUUAGAACGUCAUAUCAAGAAAGUUGGUGUUGAAAUCAAAGAAAACAAACGAAGAACGACAUGGGAUGACGUCACAACAGUUGAUUCUAUUGCCCGCAAAACAGGUGUAAACAGUUCGCCACAUUGGCUACAACCACUUUCAUUUUAUAUGAAGUCUCACAUGAAAUGGCCAGACAUGCCUAAUCUUGUCUUGAAUCAGCCUUUACUUAGCUCAAUAUUAAACCGUUACUUUAGAGUCAUUUGCUAA